CGGCUAAGAAUAGGACUACUAACCCCAAUUCAAGGUGUCAAGCGACCCGUGCCGAGGAAUGAGUGAUCGAGGGGGUGAAAAAGAUGCUCGAUCUUUAACGGAGCCUGUGGGGCACCUGGGCACCCCCCACAGUAAGCUGUCCCUUACCGCGUUAAUGCAGAGCUCUGGCGUGGUGGACAUUCUUUCUCGUGCGACUCGUGGGAAUAAAAUAUGAGUAACAAACCAAUACAGAAAUCAAGUGUAGCAGGUAGUAGUGGUGGGAUCAACCCCUUCGCAAGAAGCGGGUUGAUGAGAUCUCCGACAAGGAGAAGUGAGGAGAUAGGCGCUGGGAGUUGCGUACGCAGCUCAAGCGUGGGUGCUCCAGUCCACUUCCCGGCAAGCCAGCCGGUGGAGGUUAUGGACGGAGCGUGGUUGUUGAGGGCCGUCAACCGAGGAUCCAAAGGACGGUCCGCAAUAGAGGUGGCUGAGCAGCAGCUUAGCAAAAUCAUCGACUUUGCGUCCACUAAGUCGAAUAUAAGCAAGGACCUGAAAACGGCCUUGCUUCGACUUAGGGCGUCGAUCGACAAUGCCAAGCAGGAGCACGCGGCACUCGCGUUGCUGACUGCUGCAGCAGCGGAGCCUGCAAAUGAGAAAGUGCCGAAGUUUACCCAAACGGAGGCCUUCUCCUUCGCAGGAAGUCCGAAUAAGGCGGAAGCGACUGCUCGCGACAAACGGGGCAAGCAAUCGCAGAAGCGGGCGAGGCAACCGUCAGGCGAGGAGCUGUCUGGCGGUGCCCGCAAGGCCAGGCGAAUCAUUACCCCGAAAGUCGGUAAUAAUGCCGGCAGGUCGGACCCCAGCCAGGGUUCCCGGAAAGCUGGGAAGGGUGGGCCUGAAAAGGCUGGCCCGUCCCGGAACGAUGGGAACAAGGGGUUGCGACCGCUAGUGGGCCCUCAACAGCCACAGAGUAGGGCGAUCCAAGGGGUGGACCCCCCUUGGACGAAGGUAGAGCGGAAGAGGAAGAAGAAGGCGAAUCCGCAGGUAGUAGCGCAGGACGCCAAGCCAAGGCGUAGGAGGGCAGGUGCCAAGCGAGAAAAAGGCGACGCUAUCGUCAUCAAGACGGAACAGUCCAAGUACUCGGACGUCUUGAAGAUGAUGCGAAGCGACGCCAAGCUUGAGGGUCUUGGAGCCGACGUACGCAGUAUUAGACGUACUCGUACGGGCGAGAUGAUCCUGGAGCUGAAGCGCCAGAAGGAGCACAAGGGCGCCGCCUAUAAGAGGCUGGCAGAAGAGGUCCUUGGUGAGGGUGUGCAGGUGAGGGCUCUGACACAUGAGGCGACUCUGAAGGUCAAAGACAUCGAUGAGAUCACCGAAGUGGAAGAGCUCGUCACGGCACUGCGGCAACAGUGCGAUGUGCAGGUGGCCGCCGCAGCCGUUAAGCUACGGAAAGGGCCAGCAGGGACACAGAUAGCUUUGGUUCAGCUACCUGUGGCGGACGUCAAAAAGUCCGUUAAAGUAGGGAGCAUAAAGGUGGGUUGGUGUGUAUGUCACCUGACAUUCCACGAGCCACCAGAGGUUUGCUUCAGGUGUCUGGAACCAGGACACAAGUCGUGGGACUGCAAAGGCCCCGACAGGCGCAAACUGUGCAGGCGAUGCGGCGCUGAAGGAGAUAGAAACAGUCAUCCGUAGCAUGAAAUCGAACAGGGCCCCAGGGGUCGAUCGCAUAUCAGCUGAGAUGCUUAGAGCUGACCCCGUAGUAUCCGCACAACUACUGCAUCAAUUAUUCUGCAACAUAUGGGAAAC